CUGAUCUGGAAGCUCUCCCUUACUGAAGCUCGCACUGUUCUCAAAAUGGCGGCAGCUCGUUUCGUCAGCUGUUAGCUUAGCGUCAGUAACAAAUACAGACACAAAAACGUAAAACUACAUAAUUCAAACAUUUGUUUUGGUAUUUCUUUUAUCCAACGGGAUGGCGAAGUUAAACUGCGUGAAACUGGAGGGAUUUAUGGCGGAAUUCGGUCGACUGGAACAGAACAUUACAGAGCUGAAUGGUGCUAGAAACCUCCUGGAGAUCAGGCUGGAGGAUUCCAACAGGCUGGUGAACUUCUAUGUAAAUAAGGAGCAGAGUCUCAGAGACGAGAAGGAGAGCCUCCUGCUGACGGUGGACCGGCUGCAUCAGACGCUGCAGGAGCAAUGUGACCUCAGAGUGGAAAACAAGAAGCUGAGGAUGGAGGUGGAGGAUCUGAAGGAAGAGAAUGAAAGAACAGCCGAGGCUGGACGGUCCGACGUCCAGCUGCUGCUCAGCCAGAUGGCAGCAGCUGAGGACAGACACCAGAGGGCGCUAGAGGCCGUCAAACAGCAGAGCAGCAGAGAGGUAGAGGAGGCGCAGAUACAGGCGCAGAGGCAGAUGGAAGCUAAAGAUGCUGAAGUUCAGCAGCAGCUGGAGGAGAUGAAGACGAGGAUGAAGGAGCAGGAGAGGGAGCGGCAGAGCGAGAUGCUCAAGCUGCAGAUGGAGUUUGGUGCGAAGUUAGCUCGGGUUCAAAGUUCAGCCCAGAGGAACCAGCAGCAGCUUCAUGGAUCCAACCUUCUGCCUCAGAGCGUCUUCAAGCGGAAGCUGCAGUUUUUCCAGGAGGAGAAGAAUAAAGAGAUUGCGGCUCUACGUCAGAGAAUCAAGGAGCUGGAGGAGAGCCAGGGCGCCGUCAGCAGCAGCAGCAGCUAUACGAAGAGGAGGAAGUUCUAGUUUGACUCGGUCGUGUUCAGAAAAGUUCAGAUUCGUGUUCUGGUUGCCGUAGCUUCGUUUUCUUCGUCGUCUUCGUCUUUUUCUCGUUCUGGAAGCACGUUGGACCCCACACUGCCGGCCGUCAGAGGCUCUAAUCCCAUUAGUCAGCAGCAGAGGAGGACGCUGAAUGAGACGCUAAUCUGUUCCUGCAGCUUGAAUCUGUUUCCAUUCAGAGAAAUAAAUCAGUCGACUGCUU